AUGUCGAACUCCGAAUCGCCGUCGUCGACAGAGAUGCCGGUGUCGGACAACCGCGCGCUGUGCGUCGUGCACGCGACGGAAGACUACCGCCGGCUCGAGGUGGUCCUGAGCCCGCUGGGCGAGGCCGUCUUGCAGGCCAUGACGCAUCGCAAGCCCGGACUGUCUGAGCUGUUCAUCGAGGGCAUCACCGAGGCCUUUGGCGCCGGCGACAUCCGCCUCGGCGUCAUGGGAGGGGACACGGUGAGCGAGCUCAGGGGACAGGUGGCGGCGCUGUCCAAGCAGCUCGAGGAGCUCAAGCUCAGCAUCUCGGACGCAGAGACCCAGGAGCAGAGCUUCGACCACGACAACUCGUACGACGAAUCCAACAGGCUCGACCAGGGCCAGUCCUUUCGCGACACUUCUGGCGACGCCUGA